AUGCUCUUUUUACGAAUCCUCCCAGGCUGCAUUUUUGCCCUUUUAGCAAAAGCUCAGGAUGAGGUACCAGAAGUGAGUGAUAGUCGAACGCUUCUUUCAGGGACAGGGACAUUGAGGGAAGAUCCGAUUCCAACGGGAACAUAUUUAUCAAUUUCUACGACGCUCACCGUCACUUCUUCUGCAAUCACUACAUCUGCCAUCGUCUCGACCAUCACCAGUGAUGAUUCCACAAUCACGACCACGCUAGGAAGCACCACGAUCCUCGGGAUUGGCAUCCCAAUAGGUAGCAACGCUACAGUGACUUCCACAACAUCCGACUCACGAACUCUCCUUUCAGGCGCCCCGCGAACAAGUACUAUUCUCAACGGGACAGCGGGAAUAAUUGCAACAAGCUCCUCGGUCGCUCCCCAACCUACAAACAUCACACCCUGCAAUAACUAUCCCGAAUUCUGCGCUCGAAGAUACGGAAAUAUCACCGAAGUCGCAGCUCACAACUCUCCCUUCGUAAAAGCAGGAAACGCCGCUGCAAACCAACAACUAGGAGUAACGGCCCAACUAAACGAUGGGAUUCGUCUCUUACAAGGCCAAAUGCACUUCGGCAACGACAGUACACCGCAUUUCUGCCACACAUCUUGCGAAAUUCUCGAUGCGGGACCUAUCACGACCUACUUGACCGCCGUGAAAACUUGGGUAGCAGCCCAUCCAUACGACGUAGUGACCAUCCUUCUAGGAAACAGCGGCUACAGCGCUGUCGAAAAAUACGUUCCGUUCAUCGAAUCUACGGGCAUUCUUCAAUACGCAUAUAUCCCGCCCAAAAUACCUAUGGGCAUCAACGAUUGGCCAACCCUCGCAUCCAUGAUCCUCACUGGUAAACGCGUAGUCUUCUUCUUGGACUACGAAGCGAAUCAAGGCUCCGUCCCAUGGAUGUUGGACGAAUUCAGUCAUAUGUGGGAAACACCCUUCGAUCCUGUGAACCGCACAUUCCCCUGCGAUAUCCAGCGUCCACCGAACCUCAAGGUUGAAGACGCCAAGAACCGUCUAUAUCUCGUAAACCACAAUCUAAACUACGAAAUCAGUAUCCUGGGUAACAGUUUGCUGGUUCCCAGUAUCCCCCUACUAAAUGUGACGAACAACGUCACGGGCUUUGGGAGUCUGGGUGUGAGCGCCGACCAGUGUACGCAGCAGUGGGAACAGAAGCCCAAGUUCCUGAAUGUGGACUAUUAUAAUGUGGGCAAGGGGAGUGUUUUCCAGGUUGCGGCUAAGUUGAAUAAUGUCACGUAUAAUCGUCUGUGUUGUGGGUUGGUGGGGAGGAAUAUUGCGGGGAGGAUGGGGGGGAAUACAGUUCUUGCUGUGUUGAUGGCGAUUGGUACUGCAUUCUUGAUGAUGUAA